UGCGGAGGUGGGCAGAGCCGCAGAGAUGGGUGGAGUCGCAGAUGUGAGUCGAGCGGAAGUGGGUGGAGCCGUGGAGGUGGGCAAAGGCGGAGGUGCGAAGAUGGGCGGAGGUGCGGGGGAUGGCGGAAGUGCGGGGUGCGGUGACGAACUUGCCACGUGGGAGGGGGAGGUGGCGAACUUGCCACGUGGCGAUCUUGCCAUGUGGGAGGGGGAGGUGGCGAACUUGCCACAGGCCGAAGUGGAGAGCGGAAGCGGAGAGCGGAAUCGGAAGCGGCGAGACGUGGAGCGCGAAGCGGAGAGCAGCGGAGACCGAAGCGGAAGCGGGGAGAAGCAGGGAGAAGCGACGACAACCGGGGAGAAGCGGGGAGAAGCGAAAGUGGCGAGAAGCGGAAGCGGGAGGCCGAGGUGGCGAUCUUGCCACGUGGUGAUCUUGCCACGUGCAAGACGGGGUCCGCAUCGGUUGUAAUCGCAGUUCCUGCGGAAGAUAGAGUACUGUGGGAAUACGUUGUUUGUCUGCUGCGUUUUGUUGUCGUUUUCUGAAGUUGGGUGUGUUCCGCUGUGCACUUUGGCA